AUGGAUCCCAAAUGGUUUGCCGACAAAGUUGCCGACAGUCUACUAAACAAUGGGUCGCUGGCAUACAACCGGUCAGGUGGUGGUGGUGCCGGCGGUGGUGGUUACUACUAUAGUAACGGUAGCCUAGGGUCAUCAUCGGCAAUGGACAGUAGUGCCUAUCCACUGGAAGCACUGCGACCAUCCCUACAAUGGGCACUAAUAGUACUCUACUCUCUGACCGCUAUCAUAGCAUUUUGUUCGCACGUAACCGUAAUUAUGGUCCUAUAUUAUGGUAAAAAAUCGUCGCGUGAAUUGAAAAAAUUUCUAAUAAACCUAUCACUGAGCGAUGUCUGUAUGGCCCUGUGCUCUAUACCAUUCACUUAUACACACUUUAUGCUCGGCCAUUGGGUAUUUCACCCGUUUCUCUGUCCGCUGGCAUCGAUGGCCACCAUUACGGCACUGUGUGUGUCGGUCUAUACGAUGAUUGUUAUCGGUAUCGAUAGAUAUUACGCAAUACUUCAUCCAUUACGUCACACGGGUUUUGUCGAGACAAAGGGUGUACUGAUUUUGGCCCUCAUAUGGCUGGUGGGGGCCCUCCUAGCGAUGCCAAACAUGUUGACAAUGAGGACGACUACAUUCAAAUAUAAUUCAGAGAUAUUACUCGAUUGCCGGGAGGAAUGGGGUGGAAGUGGGGGUGAAAUUUAUUCAAUAACAUUAUUAUUGGUUACAUUUGCUCUGCCAUUGUGUGGACUAAUAUUUAUUUACGGCUCAAUCGGCUAUACAAUACUCACCCGCAAACCAGUGGGUGAGUCUCAACAAUUAGCCAACACUCGUAGCAUUGCAUCAAUUAAGGCCAUCAAAAUGAUGUCAAUGGUUGUCAUAUUGUUUGCCAUUUGCUGGACACCCAUACAAAUGUUUAAUUUUGUUAUCUGGAUAUUCGGUGAUAGCCUAAAAACUAGGACCCAGUUUCAAAUGAAUAUCUAUGUGUCAAGUUUUUUCAUAUGCCAUUGGCUGGCAAUGGCACAUUCACUAGUCAAUCCAUUUAUCUAUUGUUUUAUGAGCGACAACUUUAGGAGUGAUCUAAAAUAUUUUUGUUCACAAUUGAAACGCCGAUCGCUGUUGAGGUCGUCGUCAUCGCACAAGAGCUCAUCCAUGCGUUACAAUAACUCCAAGUUUGGCGAGUCUUACGCACCGACAGGUGUCGAGUCUAUUGAACUGUGA